GCCUAAUCGAUUACGAUUCGAUUUUGAUUUUUGAUGAGCAUGCAGUCUAACCCCUACGCCCUAAACUUCUGGCGUAGCCCCCGAUCGCUCUGUCUUACACACUCCCAUCUCUUCGGACACGCUACUCUAAGUCACUAAGUGUCAGCUCUCACUCUCAGCUGUGGUCACCGAACCCCAACCCUUACCAGUGCCCUCACUUCACUUGCCGUCGCCGCACCGUUAACUUCGCCUCCGCCGCUCCUCUUCGCCGGUCGCCGAUCGCCGCUGCCCUGCCGUUUCGUCCCUCGACGUUCUCCUCACCGUUCCCUGCUUCUUCGUCCCUGCCGGUGCGUCGCUGCUCUGCUCUUUCGUCUCUGCCGUUUGCUGCUCCUUCGUCCCUGCUGGUGCGUGGCUGCUCGGUCUUCUUGCUGGUUGUAAAUUAGUUGGAGGGAGGAGGACUCACCAUAUGGAAAGCUUUACCCAACAGAAGGUUCAAAGAUACGAAGAAUUCGUUGAUCGUCGCUUGAAACCUGAUCUUCAACGUGCUAUUGAUGAGCGGGACAAGGUCUUUGAACAACAGAAAAUUUUUGCUGAUUUGCGAAGAAACAUUGAAAACCUAGAGAAGAAUAGUGUUACCAGUCUAAGAACUCUGGUCAAUCUUGGAUCCGAGGUGUACCUGCAAGCAGAAGUGCCCAAUACACAAUAUAUUUUCGUGGAUGUAGGGCUGGGAUUCAAUGUUGAAUUUACUUGGUCUGAAGCUUUGAACUACAUACAGAAAAGGGAAGAAAGGAUAGCUAAGCAAAUAGAUGAGUACAAUCAGUCAAUUGCAUCAAUUAAAGCGCAGAUCAAGCUGGUUCUUGAAGGGAUUCGAGAAUUACUACAACUUCCAGCUGAGAAAUCAUUACCAGAGCGGAGUUUUUGAUGCUUACCGAGGAUAAUUCCAGAUCAUUCAUCUUUAGUCUCUCUGAACAAUUGUAAAUUCUGGAUCAUUUAUGUUUAGUCUCGUGAACAAUUGUAAAGGAACACUGCAAUGCAAUGAUGUGAUCAUGUGAAACAGGACAAAGAUUGGUAUUUAUCCAGAAUGAAACGUUGCAUCUUUUGGUCUUAUAAUGAUUAGGAAAAGUAUAGGGUACCAACAUAUUAUCCGCCAACUUCUGCCAACUCUUAUUUAUGUUUGUGUGUUUCAUAAAAAUGUGUUCAUAGAUGUGUCUAAUAAUUAAUAUAUUUUAAAUACAUAUAUAAAGAGAUACAUCCAGAAAAUAUAUCUAUAAAGACACUUUUAUUAAACAUAGUUAUAAAAAAGACAUUUUUAUUAGACACAUCCACAAACACACUUUCAUAAAACACAAUUAUAAAUAAGAGUUAGCAGAAGUUGGCAGAUAUGCUGUUGGUAACGUAGCGGAACCGUAAUGAUUAAACACGAAACAAAAACAUUGAUUAAGAACCCAAAGGGCCAAGACCGUUCAUCUGUGAUUCUCUUUAGUUGAAAUGCUGAUCCUAAUAUCUGUCUAUCAUUCUGCAGAAUCUCUCUUUAGUUGAAAUGCUGAUC